UUUUUUUUUAUUACACUCUCAUUUUCAUUACACCCUAAUUUAACUAACUAAGUGGGUUAUCUAUUUCUCUCACUUUCUUGCUCCGAGCUUUCAAUACAUACUCAUUCUGGGCCUGAUUUUUUUCCCCUACCUCUUUCACUUUCUUCACAGAUUCUUGGAUUUGUUUUCUGAGUUUGAUACAGCAGUUGGAUGAAUAUUCCUAGAAUCUUGGCAACAGGGGAAGUGGUUGAAGAUUGCAUCAAGAUUGUGAUUUGAGAUCACACUUUAAUUCUCAAUCUUUCGUAUAAAUUUUAUUAAAAAAAAAAAACUAUUGUGUUACUUUUCGCAAUGGAAUCGUCUUCGAAAAGGGCAAGAGCACCCGGAAAUAUGACUCAAAUUGCCCAUUGUUUGGUCGACGGGUGCAACGCCGAUUUGAGCCUAUGCAGAGACUAUCACAGACGGCAUAAAGUAUGCGAGACUCACUCGAAAACCUCCAAAGUUACUAUCGGCGGUCGAGAGUUGCGCUUCUGCCAGCAGUGCAGCAGGUUCCAUUCACUGGUAGAAUUCGACGAGGGAAAACGGAGCUGCAGAAAAAGACUGGACGGGCAUAACAGGAGGCGAAGGAAGCCACCUCAGCUCGACCGAAAUUCCGGGCUCGACUUCUCCCACCAUCGCAGUACUACCCUCACAGCCACAGGUACAACACCAACAACCAGCCUCGUAUCAUUCAGAAGCAACACUAGUAAUAAUAACAACAGUCCACAAAUAUUGCCAAGUGCCGUAGUGGGCUUCUCUUGGCCCGGC